GGGACGGGAUCACCGACGGCCGGUUCCGUCGUGAUCCCCCGUGCGUUCCGCGUAUUUAACCCGCGGCCGCGGCCGGCCGCGCGCGACGAAUCCCCACGCUCCAAAACCCCCACACUCCCCACCCACUCUGUCCCCUGGUGGUGGCCGCCGCUCGCCUCGCCUCCGCCCGGAACGGGCACCUGCCCCCGCCCCCGCAUCGAGACAAGCUUCAACCCCGGGGCAAUUGUUUACUGCCCGCACGGGCACGGCCAGCCACCGCUCGCGCUUCCCGCCGCACUCCGGCUGGCUCUUAAAACCACACGCGUUGACACGGGCACGCGCUGGCUACGCUAGCCUAGCUGCUACUUCCUCUGAUCGUACACUUGGGAGCGCUUGCGGUGAGCCAGCCAGCGAGCUGCGAGUGCGAUGGCGGCGGGUGCGGGCGGGGCCGCGGCGCCGCUGAGGCUCAAGGAUCUCCUGGAGCUGGACUGCGACUCGUGCAGCGCCGCGGGCUUCCGCUGCUACCCGCGCCGCCUGCUGGGCGAGCCGCCCGCGCCGGCGACGCGGCACCUCCUCGAGCCGCCGUCCUUGUCCCUACGGCGGCAGCGGCGCCCGAGCAAGCUGUCCAGCCUCUCGAGGAGCCUCUCGCGCCGACUCGGCAGCGGGGGCGGCUUAUUCUGGCGGCGCCGCGGCGAGGACGAGGAUGCCGCCGCCGCCGCCGCCGCCGCCGCGCCGAGCGGCAGCGGCUCCGAGUCCGGGGCGUCGUCGGCGGAGACAGCGACGAGCGACGGCUCCGCGUCGGCCGGGAGGAGGGGGUCGCGGUGCGAGUCGGACUCGGACUUGUCGACGGCGGCGACCUCCGCCGGAGACGAGCAGCACGAGGCGAUGAAGAGGGGGUCCAGGUCCAGGUCCAGCUCGGGGGCGUCAGAGGCGGACGACAAGGAGGACCAGCAGCAGCUCAGCCCGGUGGCCGUCAUGGACUUCCCCUCCGACGACGACGGCGACGCGGACGACGCCGCCGCGUGCUCGCCGUCCUUCAGCCUCGCGCGCCUCCAGAGGAGAAAGAUGCUACGGCCGCAGCACAAGAUCCGACGGUUCGGGAACACCGAGGAGCUGGGCCCUGUGGACCUCGAGGCGCGCCUCGCCGCCACAUCGGACACCGACGACCUCGCCGGCGAUGCCCCGGCGCAGCGGGUUGUUAUCCAGUGUCGCACUGGAGACGCGGCGGCGUUUGCGCCACGCCCGAGCAGGAGCCACCGCGGCGCCGGUGUCGUCCGCCGCGACCCGGACGAACACGGCCUUCUCGAGCUGCUGCUGCUCAUGGACGCCGGCGCGGACCGCGUGUCGCGGAGGCUUCUGCUCGACCUGUUCGUCGAGACGAAACGGCGGCGAGACCCCAGGGCGCACCCGGAGGAUCUCCCCGCGGCGGCGGGCCUGCUGCUGCUGCUGCCGCCGCCGCGAAAGGCCGAGUGGUGGGAGGACGGUGAGGUGCUGGCGGCGGCGAGGAGCUGGAUGUACGGCGCGGGGAGCGAGCGGUGGGGCCUGAAGGACAUGCUGCGCGGCGGGGAGGCCGUCUUGGCAGAGAUGGAGCGCGCGCGGCGGUGGAUGCGUGUCGGCGAGGAGGAGCGGGAGGUCGGUGCGGUGGUGGCGGGGAUGCUGGCCGAUCAGCUGGUGGAUGAGGUGGUCUGGGAUUUGCUACCUGUGUAGGUUUAUAUCAAUGGUUCUGAUUUCUGAACUUGGAUGCAAGUAAUGUUGAAUGAAAUCGAGCUUGCUGCAUAA